AUGUGUUCUUGGCGUGGUUGUUGCAAGCUUGGAGCGAACCCACUGAGGAAUGACACUCAAUGUGAAAACUGUGAACGAACGGGAUGCGUUGAAAACUGUAACCAAAAUCAUGCAGGGGCACCAGAGUGCCAAAUUGUAGAGCAGUAUGUCUGCAAGGUGACUAAAUUCAGCUCGCAGUAUGGAGCUGACAAAAGUAUAUCUUAUGCUGCUGGUAACCUGAUAGGGCCACCCUAUGUGUUUCCGCAUCACGGUGAUUCCACACGGACUUGUGUCUUUCGUACCUAUGGUACUUGGUGGUCUGUGGCUCCAUCAGCAAGCAAGCAAUUUGGAAGGAUUCCAGCAAAAUUCUGUAGUGAUGAUUUUGUUGAAAUUCAAUUCAAAUCUGCAGUCUACCCCACAGAAAUAAAGAUUUUUGAAACCUACAACCCAGGAGCCGUGGUGAAGAUUAUGGCUUGUGAUCAACUGUGUGGUACCGAUGUUGACAGUGGCCAGUCAAGGUGGGAAUGUCUUUGGUCAGGCGCUCCUGAAAGGUUCACAGAACACUGCAGAGUAUUCAGUCCAAACCUCAAACCAGCUUCAUUCCCUACAAAUCUGCUACGCAUUGAAUUCUGCCACCAAUUACUUCAUUACUAUACUGAAAUUGAUGCUGUACAAUUGGCUGGUUAUACUAUUGGCACCAUACAAAGUUUCCAGCCAUACUCCAAAACUGCAGCACCAAAAUCACCUGUAAAAGAUAUUAUACAUGAUGAAGCCCCAACAAAUGGUGGCUAUUUCCAAAAAUUACCUGGUGAAAUUUUGUUUUUUAUGUUAAACUAUCUGGAUCAACUGUCUUUAAGCCGAUUAUCUCAAACAUGUAGGUAUUUAAGAGAACAUACAUAUGAUAGCUUUCUCUGGAUGGAACUUAACUUAAAACCUUAUUGGCAUCAGGUGAAUAACAGCACUUUGAUUCAUAUGGCCAACAGAUGUAGCAUGUUACAGAAACUGGACAUCUCUUGGUGUUCUGUACUUUCAUCCGGACUGCACAGUUUGUUUAUGGCUACAGAAGAGCAUCUGGUUUGUCUUCAACUUGCCUGCUGCGACUUUGUCACUGUUGACACCCUACACCUCCUAGCCACCUACUGCCCCAACUUGCAAGAGUUGGAUCUCCAACAUUGUCUUAACAUUGAAGAAACUGAAUUUGAAUCUCUUGGUCCGUUGCCACAACUUUUGAAACUGAAUCUCUACAGCACCAAAAUUUGUACCCAAUCCGCCCAAAACUUGCUCAAAUAUAAUCCCCAGCUGGAAGUUCUGAACCUGGGUUGCUGUUCCAAAAUUGAUCAGUUUGAUGGAGUAGCUGAUCACAUCGCACAACACUGCAGAAAUAUGCGAUGUGUAGACUUAUGGCGAGCACGUUCUCUUACUCAUACUGGUUUGUUUUCCAUGAUAAAUAAUAACACAAACCUUGAGGAACUGGACUUAGGAUGGUGUUCUUCUGUGAUAUCAAGCUCUGGAUGUUUUAUUGAACUCCUGCAGAAAUGUCAAAACCUAAAAAAGCUCUUCCUGACUGCAAACAGGACCGUAUGUGAUAAUGACCUGAAUGCUAUUGCUGAAUAUGGCCAUAAUUUAGAGCAACUAGACAUUUUGGGCACUGCUCAAGUAAGAGAACAGUCUGCAUUCAAUGUUCUUCAAAGUUGCAGCCGGUUGAAAUUUUUUGAUGUCUCCUUCUGUGCGAACAUCAGUUGCACAGCUGUGAACAGUUGGUGUCAAGAGUUCCCCCAUGUGGCUAUCAAAAAAAGUUACCAACCCCAUACCAUAUUCUAA